AGGGUCUUAUCUUUUCCACAACUCCUUUAUUAUAACAGUUUACUCCUUUAGUUCAGUUCAGUUCAGUUCAGAGACAAAGCUUCGCUACCCUUUUGAUUAUGGCGCACUCUUUGUCUUUUGCUCCUAUCUGUUCCUUGAAAUCUUCAAACACACCUGGAGUUCUUAUCGGUAAUUCGGUUACCCGAAAGGCUUUUUCGACGAAGGAUGUUUGUCUGAAUUCUAAAGUUAGAAACUUUGAGUCUUUGGAAGUUAAGGCUGCAGGAGAUAGUACUCCAGCUGUAAAAGCAAGGAGCAUUGUUUGUCCUGAUUGUGAUGGAAAUGGUGCAAUAUUAUGUACUCAAUGUCAAGGUGGUGGAGUUAAUUUGAUAGAUCACUACAAUGGACGAUUUAAAGCCGGUGGAUUAUGCUGGUUAUGCAGAGGUAAAAAGGAUAUUUUGUGUGGAAGUUGCAAUGGAGCUGGAUUUAUUGGUGGAUUCAUGAGCACAUUUGAUGAGUAGAACAAGAUUUUGGCUAGAUUGAAUGUUGAAGAUUGUUCUUAGCUUUGAACAAAGAGAAAAGGAAGUGGAAGUCCACUUGUGUUCAUGUGUUGUUAGUCUUUUUUGUAAUGCGAAUUAUUCAUUUAUGUAUUAUGCACUAUUGAGGCAAUAAGAUUUUGUCUAAAUUUCUCUUUUUUUUUGGAUUGUACCUGAAUUUAUAAUGGUUUAGUGGAUGAGUGUAUACCUGCUAUA